GCAACUUAAAUCAGAUAGUAAUAUCUUCAAUUUGAAGGUGUCUCUUGUUGAAGUAUUUCUAUUGACAAGUUAUUGGUUACAGUUAAGAUAUGUUCAAAUGUUUCAGGAGACUUUGUUACUUCUCCAAUGUGAUUGGUUUCGCACAAUUGCCUGUUUUGCGGUAGAGCAAUUCUUACCAUACACUUAUUCAAGUUAUUAUGGAAACAAUUGCUGAUUAGAUGCUGAUACACAUCAAAGUACACUUAUACAUCAAUUAAUAUACAUCCUGUUGUUUUCUUUCUGCAUCAUAUUACUUGGAGUUGCAUGUUAGCUGUAGCUUAUAUAUGAGUGAUGUGUAGUCUUUAUGGCAAGAAAGACUUUAAACUCUUCAAUAUGAUUUGCAUAAUGCCAUACAAGUUGUGUAAGAACUGCAAAGAGAGGUGAUCCAGUUCCAGCUGUUCCUCAUUGGGAUUGAAGUGUUGCAUUCUUGAGUGUCUGAUCCACAGAUGACAUCCUUCACAGGCAUUAAGCAUCAAAUAAUCAACACCUAUUUCUAUAAUGAAGUUUCUGAGAUCCUGCCCCAACUAGAAACAAAGCUUACUUUUGCUACAAUCACAUGCACAACAACAGAGUCUCAUCCUAAUCCAGUUUCAUUCUUUAUGAUACUUGUUAGGCUUAUUAUAAUCUAACAUUACUUCUUCUUGCUAUAGCCCCUACAGUGCAGUGCAGGGACAAACAUGCCUCAACCAGUUAGACCAAAGAAGCUUUGAGAUUUGAUCACCCUACACCAAGUCCAGGAUUAACCCAUCUUUAGUCCAAGGAGGCAGUGCCAGUUUUGUAACAGUGGAUGCAGAAAUCAAAACAAGUUUAUAUUUGUAAGAAGCAUCACAAAGAAGUGUGGAUUCAGCGAAAUAUGCAAGAUGGAAGAAGUCAUUGUCCGUACUUGUUUGGGGAGGAUCUCGAGGAGACAAGUUGUCAUUUAGUAAUAUUGAACAUUUGAUUAGGAGCUAAGUAUUCUCCAGCUGAUGGUGCUGCGAAAUGUGAGCUUUCUUUUCCUUGGAGUUGCUGAACCAGAGCUUGCUUGCUGCUGGAUGGAAUCUAAAUGGCUGUAUUCUGAACAGUGAUCAUGAAACCUGGAGCUUACUUGCCGCAAAUGGCAGGUAGUAAGUCUGGAUAACCAUUAGCACAUCCAUGGCUGUGUUUGGAUCUUGAUACAUGAUGCUGUGUAGUCCAAGCUUCCAUGGUGGAAAUUAGCUGUUGAUGAAGGUUGAAGGUUCAACAUAUAGGUGCCUCUUCUUCUUCCAUGAAAUGCUGCAGAUUGGCACUAUUAAGCAACCAGGACUUCGAAGAUGGAAAGAUCAAAAGCAGCAACAGCAUUUCUGUUCUUUGUUCUAACAGUGGCAAAUGAAACCACUCAAUAUGGUCAAAGUGGUGAGAGAGAGAUGGAUUAAUAUACAGAUGAGUUGCAGAGUUGGAAUGGGUUUUGUCCCCCUCAACACUCAUCAGGCUGCGUGCAAGUUCGGGAAUGGCGCACAUGCGGGUGGGCGGGGCUUCCUCUCUCUCUCUCUCUCUCUCUCUCUCAAAGUGAACGCGGUACGGCCGCGAGGGAGCGCGGACGCGGGCCAAAGAACGAGCAGCAGCGCACGCUCCUGCCAUCCAAGCUUCGGGUGUCGCGCCACCACCUGCUUCUCCUCCCCCAUAAAAGGCCUUGAAGCUCCUCCUAGGAAACUCGCCAAACUGCAACCACAUCCUCCGGAAGAGCUGAAGGGAGAGGAAGCGUUGGCCGGCAUGAAGAUGAUGAGGAGCCACGGGAAGGCGCCGCAGAGGGGCGGGCUCAGCAGGGCGCUGCGGGAGCAAAAGGCGAGGCUUUACAUCAUCCGCCGCUGCGUCGUUAUGCUCCUCUGCUGGCAUGAUUAGCCGUCGAGCGUUCGACGUUUUGUCUCCCCUUUUCCUCCCUGCCAAAGUCAUGAUGGGACUUCAGCUCGGCUACUCCUUUUUGACAUGUACAUAGAUCUACAGGCCAUGAGAGAUCCUUUUUCCCUUCCACUGGAAGGCAAGAGUCAAAUAUAUGAACAUUUUGGGAGUUCAAAUUCCAUCUCACAUUGUCAAAAAGUCAUCUUCAUCUUCUUGCUUUGGUGUUUUCAUCCAUGGAAGUUGUUUGAUCUUGCAUGCCAUUUGAGACCACACAUCAAUGGAACAAUUUUUAUCUGAGUUU